AUGAUUGGACUUCCGAACUUUAGACGAAAGGUGCAACAAUUACUAUAUUGGCCACUGGGGAAAGGGGGUUGUUCGCGUUAAGAGCCAGCAAUUCUACGAAACCAAGAAUCAAAUUCUUCUAUUCCCAAUAAUUCUCUAUUCAGAUUCGAUCUCGGUCUCUGAGUGAUGGCUUCGAAACGGAUUUUGAAGGAGCUCAAGGAUCUCCAGAGGGAUCCUCCUACCUCUUGCAGCGCCGGCCCCGUUGGAGAGGACAUGUUCCAUUGGCAGGCCACAAUUAUGGGUCCCCCAGACAGCCCUUAUACCGGUGGUGUAUUCCUAGUUACUAUACAUUUUCCUCCUGAUUAUCCAUUCAAACCUCCUAAGGUUGCUUUUAGGACAAAAGUUUUCCAUCCAAAUAUUAACAGUAAUGGCAGUAUAUGCCUGGACAUAUUGAAGGAGCAGUGGAGCCCUGCCUUAACUAUUUCCAAGGUUUUGCUUUCAAUUUGCUCACUUUUGACGGACCCAAAUCCUGAUGACCCCUUGGUGCCGGAGAUUGCUCACAUGUACAAGACAGACAGAGCUAAAUACGAAUCAACUGCCAGGAGUUGGACUCAGAAGUAUGCCAUGGGUUAGAAAAUAUAUAAGGGCCCGAGUCCAUGUAAAAAGAAUUCAUGUGCCUGUUCUCUCUCCUCUCCCAAUCAACAAAGUGUAGAAUAGCAUUAAAUGUUGUCCUCUCCAAGAAAAAAGAGAUGCUUUGAAUAUUUUUAUAUGGAUUUUAACAUUUUAAGAAAUCUGGAAGUGUUUAUUUAUCUGGUUUAGGAUUGCAGCUUCUGUAUUUAAUUUCCAGUUGUGUUUGUUACUUAAACACUCUAUAACGUGUGAGAACUAUCCUUCCAUCCGCUGAGGUGGGAUAUUUUCAUCU